UAACUGAGAGUAGCAUCCAUGCUAACUCAGGCACUGCUUCUGCCGGCGGACAUCCACGGCAUUCGUGGCGUGAUGCUCUGCCUUUUAAUAUUUUGACCACUUCAAAAGCGGACAUUACUGUUAUGGUGUCGGAGGAUGGAAACGGACGACGUGUCGGUGAGGGAGCAACUUUUCCACAACCGUGUCCGGGAGACUAUAAUCUGCGUACUUCUGUUUACAUGCCUCUACAUUGUUUGCUACCUCAUACUUGCCCGCUUCAAGAAGACUGCCGAGUUUGUCACAGAUGAUAUCGAGGAUGCUACCGUCAACAAAAUUGCGCUAUGGUUGUGCACGUUCACGCUGUCGGUGGCGGUGUGCGCCGUGCUGCUUCUCCCCAUCUCGAUCCUGUCCAACGAGGUGCUGCUCACGUUCCCUCAGAGCUACUACAUGCAAUGGCUGAAUGGAUCGCUUAUCCGUGGAUUGUGGAACCUAGUGUUCCUUUUCUCCAAUUUGUCCCUGGUUUUCCUGAUGCCCUUUGCCUACUUCUUCACGGAGUCUGAGGGGUUCGUGGGGUCCAAAAAGGGGGUCAUGGCACGAGUUUACGAAGCAGUUGUCCUGCUGCUGCUGCUCGCUCUCCUCGUGCUGGGCAUCGUGUGGGUGGCGUCAGCGCUUCUCCACAACAACGUGGCCAGGAAGAGCCUCUACGACCUUUGGGAGUACUACCUUCCCUACUUGUACUCGGGCAUCUCUCUUUUUGGAGUGCUGCUGCUACUGCUGUGUACUCCUUUUGGGCUGUCGCGAAUGUUCAGCGUGACGGGCAGCCUCUUGGUCAAACCCCGGCUGUUUGAAGAUGUGGACGACGCUCUCAGCUGCGCCACAUUUGAGGACGACUCGCUGUCCAGGAAACUGAAAUGUGGCGCUUCCCAUUUGUCCUGGGUCAAACUGAACAUGGAGGCCACGAGGAAAGAUCACCAAGCAGUCCGGACACGGCGUAUCGCCUUGGAGACACGACGGAAAGCGUCACCAUGGCAGAGAAACCUGGGCUAUCCGUUGGCCAUGCUGAUGCUCCUCAUCCUCACAGCGAUCUGUGUGCUGAUGGUCUGUUUCAAUGUGUUGGAGUUGCUCCUCGACGACGCCGCGAUGCCCAGACGAAUGGAGGACCCUCACCUCGGGAUGGCCUCCUUCUCCAUGUUUGGUUCCCUGGGGGCAGCAGUUCAAGUCGUCCUCAUCCUCUAUCUCAUGGUGUCAUCCGUGGUCGGGUUCUACAGCUCUCCGCUCUUCACGGGUCUGGUGCCUCGCGCGCAGGACACCAACCUCACACAGAUGAUCGCCAACUGCGUGUCACUCCUCAUCCUGAGCUCCGCCCUUCCAGUGUUUUCGCGUACGCUCGGGAUCACACGCUUUGACCUGUUGGGGGACUUUGGACGGUAUAACUGGCUGGAGAACUUCUACGUUGUCUUCCUGUACAACAUGAUGUUUGCUGGCCUCACCUCGGCAUCCCUGAUCAAGACGCUCACAUGGGCGGUCCAGAGAGAACUCAUCCGUGCUUUUGGUCUCCACAGACUUCCUUUAACCGUGUCUCGAUCCACUGUCCCGUUCAGACUCCUCCUGGCAAGUGGACUGGCCAAAAUCCAGUGAAUUUUACCCUGUCAAUCAUUUGUUUUUAAAAAUACUUUAUUCAUACUUGUGCCAAAUGUGCGAUUCCGCACCAUCGCCAUUGGGAGUUAAAGGGGACCUAUUAGGCUUUUCCACUUUUAUGACCGACAACUGUAGUACAAAUGUAGUAUUCUGGUGUUAAACCAUUCUGACCUACGGCUGUAGUACCAAUGUAGUAUUCUGGUGUUAAACCAUACCAAAGUUGGUAGCUCACCAAAGUGAGCCCUGAAAGAAGUUUGGGAUGGCUCAAAACGCUCGGUUUCAAAAGGCGUGGUAAACCUGCCCCUUUGUGAUGUCACAGAGGGACAGACUUCCUUAUAUGGGCGUGUCUCUAAGCAGAUAACGCUCGGCUACUCUGUUUACUCGCUAGUAGCAAAGCCACGUUGGUUCAAGUCACACGGCGCAAACCGUCUAAAGUACUCGCUAGUGCGACCAACCACAGUGGAGUGGGCGUGCCUGGAGGCGUGGAAUAAAUUUAAAGGGGACCAUUUUCCCGGGCGCCACGAAAUCCAAAGAAAUAAAGCGGAAUACUUGCAGAUUCUGUAAGAACGAGAAAGCUUUAUAUGCGGGUUAUUGUGUGUAGCUGCUCUAUAGGAGUCCACAACUCAAUAGAAGGGCUGACAAAUGAGCAUAAUGGGUCCCCUUUAGGAGGGAGUCAACGUCCCCUUGUGGAGUGGGUGCCCCUCUCAGAUCCAAGUACUGAAGCCUGUACUGAAGUACUGUCCUCCAGGCCCAACCUGGGAUGGGAUUCAGCUCGUGGAUCCACGGCGAGCACACAGGAUGAAGACGUACGAGCGACUUAAAGGGAUAGUUGGCAUUUAUUGACAUCCCUUUAGCGUUUGUCAAUCAUUGACCUUUAUCCAAAGGUGUUUUUAUGGAGUCACGCGGUUACUACUUGACUUAAAAAUACUCUAAAAGAAAGCUUUACAUUUUUUUUGUAAUGCAUGGAUUGCAGGGACGGAAUUGUGUCUUAGACCAACAAACUGUGAAUUGUUAUUCGAGUGAAACCUCCGUUAGCGUUGGCCCCAGUUUACGUCUUUUACAGUUGAUGGAAAGAAAUUUGGCCUCGGUUUGUCUGCAUUCCCCAACUAGCAUACGUCAUAGACGGGCUGUGUCACUUCCUGUUCUGGUUUCCGCGUUGGUUAGCCAUCGAUUAGCAUGCUAACAAGGAAGUGGGAUUUGUGAAAUGAUAUUAAGAACACAACAAGAGAGGCGCCAUAUUGUUUGGUAACCAGAGAAUGAAAAAACGUAGAGUACAUUUUCAACGUUAACACGGAAAAACACGCUAACUGGGGUGGACGCUAACCCGGAUUCCACUUUGCAUUGUUUUGUGGCGAAGUGCAAUAUGUUGAAAUCAAAGCAUACUAGUACUGGUGUCUGUGUUGUAGUACUUUUAACCCUUGAGAUGACCUCCACUGUGGUUCCUUUUCCUGCUGUAUCAGCAGGUUGGUAGAUGUUGCUUGGACCAGCAGGGGGCGUAAACCUGCCUUGGCUGGUUCUUUGUAUUGGACUGUGUAUUGUAUAAGGGCACUCUGAGCCUUUUCACUUUUUUACAUGGAUUUUACAAAUAUUUUGCAAUCAUAUGUUGGUAUUAGAAUUGGUAGAUUAUGUCCAUCAUACAAGUGAGAUGCUAAAUCUUUAGAGUUGUUCUCAAAGAUUGCAAAAUGUGCUCGUUGAACAUUUGAACAUAAAUAAAUGUCUUGUUUUUAAAGCUUUUUUUUUGGUUCUUUCACCACCCGUGACACCACCCGUGUCUCAUCAGAAGUUGGGACCCGUGUGGGCGUUAGGCCAUUUGGUUCUGUACUUCUUUAAUCAUCUCAGAGGAGAGCCAUAUUUUGGCCCGUCUUUCAGCAGCGUCCAGCCAUGACGCCACUUCGACCGCAGCCACACUUUCCCUACGCUGAAGCGUCCCAACCUCCUUUCUUCCAUCACUUCUCCUGUUGUCCAUUUCCUCAUCUCCUUCUUCUGAAGUCGGUUCAAAAAAGCCAGAUUCUUAAUUUCUCUUCCUUUUUCUUUCUUUGGAUGUCUUAAUCAAGCUUAUUUGCUUUAGGUCGUGUUUUGCUUUGCGUUUCCUCUGCGGACAGGAAAUGAACUCAAAUGUUGCUGUAACAUUUACGCACAUGUGGCGGCUGCUGAAGCCGUGAGGAAGUGACACAAGUCGCAGAUAGGAAGUGCGUUGAGAGACGGGCUUGUGCCUCAUUGUUGGCUUUCAUUAGUGUCAUAAAUACCAUUCAUGAGGGUUUUUUGGUCCAAGUACAGAAGUCUUCUUCAUUAGUAACGCCGCCGUUUCCUUUCAAAAUGAAAACUUCAGACUUUGCUCAGAUGCGUUGACUCCUGUUGGUCUACACUGAAUGGGGGUCAUGGAAAUGAGCCCCCGAUGUCAAAGCCAAAUACUUAGUUUCGUACGUACGUAACCAAUGGUCUUUGACGGUUAUACGUACGUAACCAAUGGUCUUGGACGGUUAUACGUACGUAACCAAUGGUCUUGGACGGUUAUACGCACGUAACCAAUGGUCUUAGACGGUUAUACGUACGUAACCAAUGGUCUUAGACGGUUAUACGUACGUAACCAAUGGUCUUAGACGGUUAUACGUACGUGACCAAUGGUCUUA